AUGCACCUGCUGGCUGCCGGUAGGGCCCUGCGUAUUAGCAGCGGCAGGUGGUCCAUUACUUCAUCGAGCAGAAAUGUCUGUAUCCCGCUCUCACAGCCACGAACUUCUCUAGCCAUCACCCGGAGAACCUGGAGCUCGACAGCGGCUCGCAGGACAUCAGAUAAUGCCAAUGCCAGCCAGGACAGCAAAUCUGCCCCUCAUCCUACCAUGAAAGGGUCGAUAUCCAUAGAAGGAAAAUCCUACCCAACAGACGAGUGGACGAACACGCCAGACUCGAUCCUCUCGCAUAUCGGACGUCGGUUAUACCUUGAGAAGAACCACCCUCUUUCGAUCAUCCGGGAGCUGCUCGAGAGUGAAUUCCCGCGUCCGAUUUACGGAAACUAUUACGAGAAAGACCCUGUCGUGUCCACGGUAAAAAACUUCGAUGUCCUGGGUUUCCCGCUCGACCAUCCGGGUCGCAGUCGAACCGAUACCUACUAUAUCAACCACAAAACGGUGCUACGAACGCAUACUAGUGCCCACCAGCAGGCAUAUUUCCAGCAGAUCAACCGGAAUGAAAAUAUCCGACCGGAAGAAGUGGGAUAUACGGUGGUCGCGGAUGUGUAUCGUCGAGAUGCAAUUGACCGCAGCCACUAUCCCAUUUUCCACCAGAUGGAAGGCGCAAUGCUAUGGAAACGUCCCGACACCGAACCCCUAAAGCACUCAGAGCAAACGGCCGCGAAGAUACUGAACGAUCUUAACCGUAUUCCGCCCCAUGACGUCGCCGUCGAGGACCCGAACCCCACCAUCCAUCCUGAGCGAAACCCCCUACAAGCGGUGCAUCACAGCGCGGAGGAGGUCGAGGCCAUUGGUGCGCAUCUGAAGCGCUCGCUGGAACGGAUGAUCAUCAAGAUCUUCACGGAGGCUAAUAAGGCCGCCGCCGGCACUACAGACGCCGAGCCCGAGCCAUUGAAGGUUAGAUGGGUGGAGGCGUACUUCCCAUUCACCAGUCCAUCCUGGGAGCUGGAGGUAUUCUGGCAGGGAGACUGGCUCGAAGUGCUCGGUUGUGGUGUGAUUAGACAAGAGCUCCUGAUCAACUCGGACGUGCCCAACCGCGUGGGAUGGGCCUUCGGUCUGGGUUUGGAACGUCUCGCUAUGCUACUCUUCAACAUUCCCGACAUUCGACUCUUCUGGUCUCGUGACGAGCGAUUCCUGUCGCAGUUCCAAGACGGCCGGAUCACCCGCUUCGAGCCCUUCUCCAAGCACCCGGCCUGCUACAAGGACGUGGCAUUCUGGCUCCCCAGCGCGGUAGGCAGUGCCGCCGGCGGUACCACCUCCGUUCAUGAAAAUGAUAUCAUGGAGAUUGUCCGUAACAUUGGCGGUGACCUUGUUGAAGAUGUCAAGCUCAUCGAUGAAUUCACCCAUCCCAAGACGAAUCGCAGAAGCAUGUGCUAUCGUAUCAACUACCGCAGUCUCGAGCGCACUUUGACCAACGAGGAAACCAACAACCUCCAUGACAAAGUACGAGAGAAACUAGUGGCUCAGCUGGGUGUUGAGUUACGGUGA